AUGGGCAAGGAGGCUUCUUUCGCUCCCGGUGACACCGCCAAGGGUGCCAAGCUCUUCCAGACUCGCUGCGCUCAGUGCCACACUGUCGAGGCUGGUGCUCCCCACAAGGUCGGCCCCAACCUGCACGGUCUGUUCGGCCGUAAAACUGGCCAGUCCGAGGGCUACGCCUACACCGAUGCCAACAAGCAGGCCGGUGUGACCUGGGACGAGAGCUCUCUGUUCAGCUACCUUGAGAACCCCAAGAAGUUCAUUCCCGGUACCAAGAUGGCCUUCGGUGGUUUGAAGAAGGCCAAGGAGAGGAACGAUCUGAUCACCUACCUCAAGGAGAGCACCGCCUAA